AUGGCGCCUACGAAAGGAGAGGUGGACUUCCUCUACCGCCAUUUGUUCCUCCCACCGAAGCUUCCGCAAACAGCAGAGGCCGCCAAAGGCGAGUCUGAUCUCGACGUCAGCCUUCUGAAAGUCACACUCAGCGCACUCGAGAACUUCCGCAACCAUGUCGCUCCAGCACAGCAUAACGUUGUCGACGCAGCGUGCGAAAUGCUUCGCCACGCGCAGCCUGUUCACUCCACGGGCUCUCUCAGCGAAGUACACAUCCGCCAAGGACUUGAGAAUAUGGCAAGAGGAGGAAACACAACGCUUUUGCUCCACGUCAAGGCGCAGAACGCCGGUCUCAUCGUGCGCAAUGGUGGCGCUGAAGCAAUCUUCGAACCAUUCGAGCUGUCUCCGCUCAACAAGUCGGUCAUGACGACAAAAGGCAGACUCGUCCGUGGGUUUCCAGCGACUGCGGUCGCCGUCCCCCUUUCGACCCUCGGCGACUCACGAUUCCGCACGACCCUUGCUCAGACGCUUUCGCUGAUGAGCCACCAGCCAGCACCGGGCAUGCAACCACAGGCACGCAAGUCAGGUCAACUUCUCGACGAAGACCGGGACACUGCGCACCCCAGCAUGGUCUGCAACUUUCUGCUGGGAUUUCUCAAGGCCAACGGUGGACCGACGACGGUUACCGCAAUCACUAAGCAUACUCGAGAAGAGGUGAUGUGGUCAUCCGCACGCUCGCCAUGGCGUCGAUCUCCCCUAUGGCUGCUCAUCCGAGUCGGUCUCCAGUUGCAUUUUACCCAAGCUGCUGGUAGUGCCGAUCUCUAUAAGCACUUCAUGGUGUUCUUCAUGGCUCACGUGCUUAGGCACAUGUGGGACUUUGGCUUGUCUAGCGACAAGAUCUACAUCAUGAACGCCAAGAUUGUACGCCGACUACAGAAACUAUCGAUCGUGACGACAACCAAAGUCCUUCCUUCCCUGCAGGAUCACAUUCGCACAGUUCUACGGUCCUUCGGAAACAUCCUCGCUGCGAGGUGGACGAAGAUCCAAGAUGGUGACAAGCGCAAGCUCGAUCUUGCUUCUCUUUCCACUCUGGACUUCUUAAAAGAUUCCUUGGUCGAUCUGCCUGAGCUCGACAAGUAUCUGUUGUCCUUACGCGCUCGUUCACGGGACAGUCAGCUCUCCAGCUUCGUUCCCACCUCGUCGCUGAUCCAGUAUUCAUCCAGCGAUCUACCCACUCUUAACGGACUGAGGUCCAAUGAUGACUAUACUGUCGCGAACCUUCAGGGGUUCGAGCACUGGGUUGCGACUCACCUGAAAACCUGGAUCAGCCUUCACCGCACUGAAGCUGGAACACCCGAAAAGCUACGUGCUGUGCUCGAGGCUUACCAUAACAUCGCCACAACCUGCUACGCGCGGAACCCUGAAGCUAUAUCUGUUAUGCUGUUGACCCUGAUGCAACUAUGGGUCGCCUGUGACAAGUCCGCAUGUGCUAUCGUGCCACUGCUGGCCGAGUACAAGCCCGCAGUUCCAGGACAUCUUCUGCAGAAUCUUUUGCUGCCUCAAAAGGCUCAAAUGGACAGACUACGACUCGUGGAGCAGUAUCUCGAAGGACGCGAUGGAACCUUACAUGACUCAAAGCUCCUGUUCUCUACCGCUGACGCUCGUUGCUUUGCGGCAGUCUUUUUCGACCAGUCUUCUAAGCAUCAGGAUGUUCUGCGGUCCAUCACCGCUCAGGCACACAAAGACAAAGCACAGAAACUGGCCGAGUUUGCGUCGCAAAAGGCGCAGUACAACGAAUUGAAGCAGAAAUACGACAGUCGUCAGUGCGAAUACCGCACAGUCGUCCUUUCUACCUGGAACGGGGUGGAGGAUACAGAACAGCGGCAUGUCAAUGGCUGCCUGAAGUGCGUGUACGAACGCGAGAUGAAGGCUAUGAGGAUUCGUGUGUACGAAGAUCCACUCCCAUUGAGCGCUAGCCGAGCGACAGAAGCCAAGGUUAUUGUCUUCGAGCUGGACGUGCCUGAAGCAUUUGCAUGUUGGCGGGACACUCGGAACUUCAUUCUCCGGAAAGUGAUGAAAGGCAGGCAGUCGGAAACAAGACCUCGAGCUUUUUAUGGGCUCUCUUCUGACAGUCAUCUCUCCAGCGACUUCAGGUCUUCCGGGACUCGUCGCAUCGGACUUUUGUCGCAGGACAAGCCGCAUGUUGCUACUCAUCGCAAUGGUGAACCAGUUUCUACGGCAAGAUCAGAUACAGUCUGUCGGCCAACUGGCUUGGCGUACAAAUACUAUGACAGCAACAGCGGAUGCUUUGUGGAUGCAUUCGAGUUCAAGAACGAGAUACCGGAGGACUGCACGUAUCAGCUUCCUGCGCCUUCGAAGAUGCUGCAGAAGUACAUGGACCGACCAGCUGCAUUACCAGAUGGGCCAGGGCCCAAUGUUGUCAUCGCCAACCUGCAUGAAUGUCCUGCGCACAUGGCACUAGACGAGUACAGGGAGUUGUGCACCGUCCCGCUUGGGCACCAGAUUCAGUGGCACAACAUCCUCGUUCAACUCCGCACGCCUGGUGUUGACUUCAAGAAGCUCGAGACCACACUGUUCAUCCUGCAGUGCAUAUACCAAGUCGGUCCCCCUGACUCAUCGACACUGAGAUCAGGUCAUGCACCUGUCGUGUAUGAAGACCUUGCCAGACUCCUGCUUGUGAAUCUACACUGUGCUGUCGAGCGCGUCAAAGCCAACUGGGAGUCUGCAAAUGCAUUGGCUAGUCUAGUGGCGAUUGCAGCUCGAGUUCUUUCCUUGACUUCGGACAACUCAGUGAAAUCAUCAUCCUUCGCGUUUCUGGCUCAGGCUCGAGACAUUGCAUUCCAGUGGAUGAUCUCUUUGAGGGAGAAAGCACACCGAGCAGCCGAUCAUAGCCAACGCGGCGCAUUUUUGGCCAAGAGUGUGGAAGUAGCGCUGAUCUGCGUGUCCACAUUCGAUGUUGACGAUGAACAUCUUCCGGCGGUGCUGGCGUCUCGGGAGGCCGGAUCGGUCAUGGUACAGUGCUCCAUUGUUGUACGCGACGGCGCAAGAGGCCUCAACACUAUGUCCGCUGGUCUCAGUGUUUUACAGCAACACAAGUUCAAGCGUCUGCUACAUCGGGCUCGCCAGACCAUGUCCGUUAAUCAUGCUGGCCUUGACGAUGGCAUCAAGCAGUCUUGGUCCGCAUACCAGGCAGGCACGGGAUGGGCAGUGGUCGGUCCAGCUGCUAGCAAUUGGUUGGCAACAACGACCAAACUCGUAUCGACUUCGGACGCCAUGAGCGUUCACUACAACAUCCUCACCGGCGAACUUUUGGUCAGAGGUCAUCCUCUCAAUCGGCCUCCCCAGAUAUAUGAAGACACCCAGCUGUACUCAACACUAUUUGGCAAGGCGGCUGUCGAGGUCAUGCCCUCCAGUGUUCCUGGCAUGCAGUUCUCCACGAAGCGCGAGUUCGCGGGCUAUGCUGUCAAUCUCGGCAUUGAGGAGCACAAGUUUGGCUCAAACGACCUGCUGGUACGGGCACAGGAUGAAUGCAAGAUCUACGAGACUGUUCCCUCGCGAGUGUGGCAAGGAGCGUUUCCAGUGGACUUCCAGGACGACUUCGUGCACUGGUACAAUUCUACAGAUGGUACUAUCGAGUUCCGCCCAAAGACAACGCCCUGGGAUAGCUCAUCGCCAGAGAUUUGGCUCCUGUCAAGAGACAAGGCCAAAGGCAAGUGGCAGCUGAGCAGAGCCGGUAGUCGUCUACUGAGCAGACACAGCCAGACUUCACAGCAAGUUUCAAAGAUUCUGGAUCCACUGGCCAAUGAUACCCGCAUACAUGUUACCACUGAUUUUGCCGGCCGAAACCUCACCGCCGAGAUACCGAAGUUGAUGCUUGGCUUCAGUUUGAAGAAGAGCUCUUCAGAUCUGAUGUCGAAGGAACACCGCGGCAUGCAGGUUGACGAAGAUCAGUCCUUGGGCACUUUGAUCGGCUUCCAGAACAAGCUGAUGCUCAAGCACAAGGGCGACGGUCGCCGACUCGUGUUGCUUCCAGAAUCCAAAUUUUCAUAUGCAAAGACAUCGAGCCAUGUCACGGUCUCUGCCGACAAAGACAGCAUCAGUCGAGUACAUGAUGCGCACGUCGAUCCUCAACUGGGUCGACUUGUAGAUCAUGGCAGUCAGGAAAGCAAGAUCAUGCUGGCCUACCUUCACGCACUCACUUCCUUCUGCCUGACAGACCCUCUGACUGGGUUGACGGGGACCGAACAGGCGCUUACAUUGCUGGCAUCUGCUUCGAUGCAUUCUUUUCUGCGCCCGACACAAGGUAAUCUGGACAUGCUCGCCAAGAUCGCAGGCAUAACUCCAGGUCGAGAUUACUAUCCCGCUAAUGAGAAGGUCAUGCAGACGGUGUCUUGGGACGCUCAGCUCUCGUGUUUGUCACAACAUGGCGCGCUGUACGACCACGUGAACCAAAUCCUUGCUCGGGCGCAACAAUCGGGCGUGUUCUAUCCUGACUCGGAUCUCGAGUUCCCGGAGUUCGACCAUGUCGAUGCAUUCCUGCAUGAGCGGGACACAAUCAGAUCCUCAGCCUUCCGAGUGGCUGGGUUCGGUGCUGAGUCUUUCACGACGUCUCUCGACAUGCUUUACCAGACCACCGACAGGCCUUGUGGUACAUCGCUCGAACAGAACGCCUACUCCACGACUCGCCUCCUUAGUGAGGAUGCACCUCACCUUUGCGUGGGCCCUGGCGCCAUGGGCUACUUGUGGAAGUUGAUCAGCAGUGAGUGGACCAUCUUCGGAUCGAGGCAGGCAGUGAAGGCGGUGAAGCUACGAUAUGAUGCUGGCUAUCUCACAGACUGGCAGACCAUGAGUGUCCAGAGCUUUCCGAGCCUUCAUCAAUUCCUUACGAAUCGAGAUCGUACGCAAGCACUGAAGUACGAUCUGAUGAUGUGGCUCUCUACCCUGGCGUGUUCUAAGGACGUAAAUUUGGCAAUGAUCCAGAUCCUGGCUCUGUUCUGUACGAGCAGCACGUUCGCGGCGAUCGUCCCACCCACCCCUGAAGCCUUUUUUCCCAAGAGCGGCAAGCAGGCUAGUAAGGGAGUGAUAAAGACUGAAGUAUCGAAGCAUACUCGCAAGCUUUUGGACUGCCCAGAGAACAGCCUGAAGCCUAAUAAAUACGAGAAGAAGUCGCAGUAUGAGGCUCGUCAGCUGCAGGUCCAUCAGAGCAAGAGAGAUUCCAUCGUCGACAUCUUCGUUGAGAAUGUAUACUCGCAGUGGCCCUGUGAGAACCCAGACAUCCCGCAAGCUCCACGUCGAGCGAGCGACUACAUCAAGGUGCAGGACGCCAUGGUUGCGGUCAAGCCGGAUUUCCAGCAAUGGUACCACAACCGCUUGUUGUUCAAUUGGCUUGUACAGAUCGAGGAUCAAGUUGAAACUUUCGAGGUCCGAAAAGCUUCUGCUCCCAGAAUAACAUUGUCGUACCCUGUGGUGCUUGCAAGGAGCGUAGGCCAUAUCUCCAUCGAUGAUCUCUUCUCAGGCUUUGCGCCUAGUCUGCCACAGCAAUGCCGCAAAUUGGAGAUCGAUGAUACACCGAGAGAGAUUCGGCGUCGCUCGAUCCGACUGAAAUCGUCACGCUUGGUCGCACUGAUUGAAGAUCUGGGAUCGUCAGCGGGCUCCUCCAAAUUCGAAAAGUCGUACAUCGAGGAUCUCAGAGAUAGUCAAGACUCUCUGCUCAGCCGGGACGACGGAAAGACUCCUGCCAUCUAUCUGACCGCAGAUGAUCUUACCAACCACCUCACUCAGUGUGAGAAGCGCGUGCACGAUAUCUACACUUUGCUCGAGGCUGCAGUCAACGCCGCUCCGCCCGCUAGGGAGUCUCGUCAUUGGCCACGCGUAUCGCCAGGCAUGUUUCUCAGUCAGCUGGCCCGUGAUCGCUGGGCCGCACUGCCUGAAGACUGGCAAAAAAGCAUUGUGGAGUAUGCCCUCGCUCUGACCGCUCUCCAGCGCGCGGCGCGAAUGUUGAAGACUUUCCGAGUGUCCGGGCAGGUGACUCAAGAUCUGGUCAAUGAGCUUCGCAACUCCGGCCACACGAAUUGGGAUGCAACAGAUCACCCGGAGUCACUGUUGAUUGAGGUGGAGAGUGCCAUCAUGAUCCGAGAGGUUCAAGAGGACAUCGCCGCCAUGAUGCGCCAGCCACCGUCUAAUGAGAACAGCGUGAUGCAACUGAACAUGGGCGAAGGCAAGUCGUCUGUUAUUGUCCCGAUUGUGGCGGCCGCUCUCGCCGACGGCAAGACACUCACGCGUGUCAUUGUUGCGAAGCCGCAGUCCAAGCAGAUGGCCGAGAUGCUUAUCUCCAAGCUUGGAGGCUUGGUGAAUCGGCGCAUCUACUAUAUGCCGUUCUCUCGAUCAUUGAAAUUGACUGUCGCGGCAGCAGAGACCGUCGCCUCAAUCUGUCGCGAGUGCAUGGAACAGGGUGGCAUCAUGCUUGUGCAGCCAGAGCACAUCCUGUCCUUCAAGCUCAUGGCUCCGGAAUGUUACAUCUCGGGUUAUGAACUGGUCGGUCGCUCCCUGAUGAAGACUCAAGACUUCUUCGAUAGCACCGCCCGAGACAUCGUGGACGAGAGCGACGAGAAUUUCAGUGUUCACUUCGAGCUCAUCUACACCAUGGGCUCUCAGCGACCCAUCGACAUGAGCCCAUAUCGUUGGUUGCUCGUCCAGGAAAUCAUGAGCCGCAUCAGAUCGCUGGCGCCAGACAUUGCGAGUGAUCUACCCGAUUCGUUGGAGAUCUCACCUACUGUUCCCGGCAGCUUUGCGAGAAUUCGCAUUCUGAAAGCGGAUGCUGAAGCUCGUCUAGUCCACGAUGUUUCGCAGCACAUCUGCGACAAUGGUGUCCCAGGCUUGCCUAUUCACAGACAGGCCAAGCAGACUCGGGACGCUGUCUUCACGUAUAUCACGCAGUUUGAUCUUGAUGCCGACCAGAUUGCCGCGGUCGAGAACAGCACUAUCUGGACCGAUACGACAAAGGACACCUUGCUGCUGCUUAGAGGUUUGCUUGCCGGAGGUGUGCUUGCUUUUGUGUUCGGCAAGAAGCGAUGGCGAGUGAACUAUGGCACUGCCGUCCGCACUCCGCCAACCAAGCUGGCUGUACCCUACAGGGCGAAGGACAAUCCAUCUCCAUGCUCCGAGUUCAGUCACCCCGAUGUGGUCAUCAUGCUCACUUCUUUGUGCCACUACUACGAUGGACUGCACGACGAAGACAUGUUCAAUGCCUUGCGACACCUGAUGAAGUCGCAUCAAGCUGAGAUUGAGUACCAGGCAUGGGUCAAGGACGCGAACAAUCUCCCAACCGCGUUCAUGCAAGUCCAAGGCAUCAACCUCAAAGAUGAAGAACAGUGCACAUCUGUCCUGUUUCCCUGCUUGAACCGCGGCAAGAGCGUAGUUGAUUACUUCCUGGCUCACAUCGUCUUCCCAAAGGAAAUGAAGGAGUUCCCGCACAAGCUGUCCGCCUCGGGUUGGGACGUCGGCAAGUCAAAGACACACGCCACCACGGGUUUCAGCGGCACUUGUGACUCGAAGGCACUUCUGCCUCUGAGCGUCAAGCACCUAGAUCUACCGAAGCAGAAGCACACCAAUGCUCUCGUGCUCGAGCACCUUCUCCAGCCGGAGAACUCCGUGCAACUGAUGCCGCGAGCUACGAUGGCAUCUCUCACAGAUGCGGAGCGACUGUUGCAGGUCGUUGUCUCGCUCAAGCCGCAGGUACAAGUCAUCUUGGACGUUGGUGCCCAGAUCCUGGAGCUCGACAAUUUCCAAGUGGCUCAAAAGUGGCUGGAGAUGCACGGAGAUCAGCAGAAGGAAGCUGUGGUCUUCGUCGAUGACAAUGAUGAGCUCCAAGUCGUCAAUCGUGGCGGCCGCGUCGAGUCAUGGAAGACAUCGUCUUACGUCUCUCGACCGGAUGCGUGCCUCGUCUUCUUGGACGAGGCGCAUACACGUGGCAUCGACAUCAAAUUGCCACCGGAGUAUCGGGCUGCUGUGACGCUGGGUGCGAACCUGACCAAGGAUAGACUGGUCCAAGCAUGCAUGCGCAUGCGCAAGCUCGGAAAGGGCCAGACUGUGGUGUUCUGUGUGUCUGAUGAGAUCCAGUCGAAGAUCCUCGCUUGUACCGGAAAAGGCCAAGGCGCAGAUAUCGGGCUCGCUGAUGUCCUCCGGUGGUCAAUCACAGAGACCUGGUCGGAGAGCAGACACAGUAUGCCACUGUGGACUGUGCAAGGCCAGCGCUUUGUCACUCAAGAGAAGACCUGGCAGGACAUGUCUCGCAAUGGCAUCACCACUUUGACUAAGUCAGGCGCGGAGAGACUUCAAGAGCCCGAAGCCGAGUCCAUCGAUGACAGAUAUCGUCCUCUACCAGACACCGGCACGACUCUAUUGAGCCAGCUGACAAGCUCGCCCGACCCGGAUCUGCAGCAGAUUGUUGGGAGAUGCAGCCAGUUCGACGAUCUGCGAUUCGACUCGAGCACAUUGCAAGAGGAGCAAGAGCGAGAACUGUCUCCAGAGAUUGAGCAAGAGCGCGAAGUGCAGAGACCAUCAGCAGCUCAGCCCGAGCAGCACCAGUUGCAUGAUGACGUCAUCAAAUUCGUGCAGACAGGCGUCUACCAACCUGGUUCCGAAGCCUACACGACAGCUUUCAGAGCUCUGAGCGACACAACUGCCGCCAAGACCUCAGGCUUCAACGUCAAGAGUUUGAAUGGCGGUCCCAAGCUGCUCAUCACUGCAGACUGCGCGCGUACAGUAAAGAAAGUUGGCGCUUCGUUCGUAUCUGACCAGUACCAGCGACACGUCCAAUGGGUCCUGACGAGCCAGUCGCGUGGAAGCACCUCGAUCACUUCCAUGAUGAUCGUCAGUCCGGUCGAGGCACAAGGUCUGUUGGCUCAUGUCCGCGCCUCGCGCACGGCGGCAUUGCAUCUCUUCAAGGCUCGUACCAACAUGGGCUACAGCUCCCUGGACCAGCUGAACCUCUUUACCAUGCCUCUCCAGACAACGCCCAGACAGAUUCCCCGCGCUCUAUCUGUUCGGCUCCAGCUCUUCUCCGGACAGCUAUACAUCACUUCUUUCGAAGACUACCUGGAGAUCUGCAAGUUCUUGGGUCUGUCAACGGAGGCAGCAAAGGACGGUUGGGAUGUCGCAGCCGAUGGGUUCAUCCUCAAGGAUGGGGAUGGUCGUCGUGGAGGUAGCUCUGGACUGACUCAGAGUCCUGUGCAGUUCUUGAAAGUCUUGAUGACGAAGGUGCGGAGGAACGGCGAGGGCAUUUCGAAGACUCAUAUGGGCAAGUUGUUGGAAGGCGCGCUCUUCCAGCGGUCCGACUUUGACAAUGUCGAAGAGGAGCCAUGA